ACGGUCUACGCGAAGAAGAGAUCGACAUGGUGACGAUGGCGGUGACUGUCGUCGUCGUCAACACGAUGAGCGCUCCAUAAACGAAGAGCGCCGUUGCGGAGCAUCGCCGACGCGCCGGAUUGCAUGGCCACGUGUGAGGGAGUCGUCCAGUUGUGUGUCGCACUGUCGUCUGGCGUUUUCCCGCGGCAUACCCCACGUUGGUGGAUUAGACGACGGACUGGCAGAACAUGGGAGGACCUUCGCCUGUGUGAUGAUGCGACGGACGAGUACUACCGCCAGAAGUUGCGCAUGUCGAUGGCCAUGUUCAGGCAGAUCGUUGCCGCGUGCGCUGCGUACGUGGAGAAGAAGGUCACGCACUAUAGGAUGACAUUGCCAGUGGAGCAGGUGAUCACUUUCACGUUGUACAGGUGGGCUUCAGGAGAGACUUACGAGAGCGGCAUGUCAGCCUUCGACAUGGGCAGGGCCACUGGACUGCAGGCCGUCCGCGACGUCACUUCGGCGCUGCUGCAGGCGUACCCCGACGCGAUAAAGUGGCCAGUGGGCCGUAGACGUGCGCAGAUUCAGCGCGCUUUCCGUGACAAGGGUUUCCCGAACUGCUUCGGCGCAAUCGACUGUACACACAUCUACAUUGACAACCCCGCCGGCGCACCUUCGGACAACUACUACGACCGCAAACAGAAGUUCUCCGUGCAGGCGCAGGUGGUGGUGGAUUUGGAUCUGCGGUUCCUCGACGUCCACAUCGGAUACCCGGGAAGUGUGCACGACGUCUGUGUCCUGUACAAUUCCCAGCUAUGGAGGCGUGCAGAAGCUGGGGAGCUGUUCGACGCACCUCCGGAGAAGCUGCCACACGGUGUCGUCACGCGAAGUUACCUGCUAGGCGACAACGGUUAUCCAGUUGCCUGUCCAUGGAUCGUGCAGCCGUACGGAGGAAUUGACCAAGGUCCUGACUAGGAGCGCUUCGAUACGCGGCAGAAGGUGGCGCUGGGGUGUGUCGAGAGGGCAUUCGGGCGACUGAAGUGCAUGUGGCGU